AUGGCUGGAUCAAAGCUGCGUCAACAGGAGGCAGAACAAACGGGUGAUGCUGCGAGACCAAAGCGACGCCGGAUUGACCGCCAAAGACCUGACGUAACAUACUCCCGCAAGCGGGCCAUCGCAGCGUGUCGAAUAUGUCGCGUAAAGAAGGUCAAGUGCAACAAUGUUAGACCUGUUUGUGGAUCAUGCAUCGCAUCGCAAUCAACUUGUGUCUAUGAGGGGUCUGAAGGGGAUCAUUCAUCAUUUGACCCUGCUAGUAUUGCCAUCCUGGAACGUCUCAACCAAGUCCUGGAGAGCGUUGAAGAUAUUCCAGGCCUAAUCAAGACGAGUGUUGAGACAGCCGUCAAAAAUACCGCAUUGCCGCCAGGCCCAGUCUCACGCAUUAAAGAAGGUUUUGACGCCUUCUCAGAUGGCCAGGAAUUGAGCUCUGACGAUCUCACCGCCCCUACCGCAAUAUUGAGUGUCGAAUCUGUCCUAGCCUGGCCUAUUCUUGCAGGAAGCGUCGCGCCAACCCAUAUUCUCGACGCUCAUCCAGAUACGAAAGCCAAUGGUGGUCAUGCCUCUAUGAAUAAUGGAACAGGUAGUCCCUCGGUGUCCAAUGCUAAAUUGAGGCGCAUCACAGUUGAUGAAAAGGACAUACCGAGACUGGUUCGUCAGUUUCUACAACACGUUCACCCUAUUAAUCCGAUUCUUGACGUCGAUACAAUUAACUCUGAUAGUUUGCGCAUUUCAGAAACUGGUGUCGCAUGGGAUGGAGAGUCUUGUAUCGUGCUGAUAGCAUGUGCCUUGGGCUGCAUAGCCAAACCUUACGAUGCCAUGGUGACUUCGCCGGCAGAGACAUCAACAGGAUCCUCACUCUGUGAUUCGAGUAAGGAGUUGGAAACAGCAAGGGCAUACUUCGAGCUCGCCAGACAGAGACUAGGCCUGCUUGAUCAAAGUCUGCUGGCUGCUCAGUGUCACUUCUUCGCCGGAGUCUACUACAUGUUCACUCUCACGCCUCUACGCGCAUGGUCUCAAUUCGAACAUGCUGCCAACAUCUUUUUCAUCUACUGGAAUUACCAGCCGCGAGAGAACUCAUUACAGCUACGGCGGCUAGCUCAAAGCUUUUACUGGAGCUGUCUCAAAUCUCAGGUCGAGCUUGGUCUUGACUUACAUCUCCCUCAAAGCGUUCUGAAAGAUCUCUAUGAUACUGGCUCCGAGUUGCCCAUGCCUCCCGAGAUAGACGCUUGUCCCCCUCGGCAAUCAACAACGAUAUUUCCACCGCCAGGAGAUAGUCCUGAGGAUGAUCUUGGUCGUGUUCAAGAGGAGAGUUGGUACUAUUACCUUACUGAAAUAACGCUCAGGAGGUUUAAUAACCGUGCGUUCAAUUUGCUGUAUCGCGACGGAAAAGGCUGGGGGACUUCAAGAUCUCUCAGCAUAUCAUCACUUAUCUCGGCUGUGUCACAGAUCGAAGAUCAGUUAGACAACUGGGCCCAAACGAUGCCUCUCAUGGCUCAAAUCACCAUGGGUGCGCUACCUACCAACAAACUAGCUCUGCUACUCUACGCUAGAAUUUUGGAACUUAAAUGUCUCAUUUAUCGGCCAUUUCUAUACCAUGCCGCUCAUUCCACCAUGAGUGAAAGAGAGCAGGAUGAGAUCAGUCCCUUCGUUGAGAAAGGCCUUUCUUGUCAUUUUCUCGCCAUUACAGUUGGAUACCUGCACUAUCGAAACCAUAUAACGUAUUAUCAUUUCAGGACAUCAACAACAUCCGCUCUCUGUAUCAUGGCAAUAGUCAAGUCUGGGAGAGUGCAUGCUGUUCAUGAUAUGGAUUGGCGUGGCGGUGUUAAGGGAUUGGUUAAGAAGAUUCGGUACUGGGAGGAUGAGGCGGCUACGGCUGGGCGUUGUGCGGAUGUCUUGGAAGCGGUAAUGUCGUCUGUUGAACACUCAUUCUUGUAA